CUGUCAAAAAAGGUGCCAUACAAAGUUGGGACUUGAGGAGCGCCAGACGUACGGACCGCGCAGCAGGCGAACCAACGAUAAAAACAGUGGAAAAUCUGUGUACAUUUCCCCUUCGCCAAAGGGAUGCAAAGUGUUUUCGGGUGCGUUUUGUAUUUUCUACCACGUGUUGGCCUCUCUUCAAAGUGUCUCAUGGAAGCUUUUAUAUAGAAAAGGAAGAAAAUCAAAAGGCUGUCUUGUGCGUGUUCAUUGUUUGUGUCCCGUACAUUCCUACGCAGUGCACCCCCCCUUUGUUGCGAUAUUGCGAAGUGAUUGCAAUAUCGUUUAUCUCUUUGUGAUUUUUGCCUAAACCACCAAAAGGCACUAUCGGCAAGAUAACAGCUGUUUGUGGAAGCUUUCUAUUUAUUCACAACUCGAGUGUGUGUUUCCUUCGAGAAUGGUUGUGCUGUUGUGCUGGUAAAAGUGUUUCGCGUGCGUCUUGUUUUGUUGUGCGUCCUUGUGCUUGUGUUGUGUCCAACCAGCGCCACAGAAGGGCUUUGCGCGAGAAGAAAGAAAUAGUUUUGUUUCUUUUUUUCCCCUAUUGGAAGCUCAACAACCAUGGAAGAUUUCACGCCGCUGAUCAAUCUACAGUUGAAUGAUUAAAAUUCUUACUGCAGCGAACCGUCCGAACCGUGUAGCAAGCGCACUAACAAACGAAAGACAAAAAGUUCGUGAUAGCAACGCAGCGAAAAGGGAAGAUUGCUGCAGAAACCGGCAAACAGAGUAAAAUUGCAGAUAACUAGGCAACUGUGUGUGCGCGCCUUUCAGCUGCUACUUCGAUUGGCGACAAGCGCCAGAAAACGCCUGUUGACUCAUAGCGCGCACAGCAGCAUCCAGCAAGUUGGUGAACUUUGGUGAAGCUGCACCACGGACUGCACAGGCUACCCACCAUCCACCCCACCCAAAAGGCCGGAAAAGGAACUUCGUUUCAGUGCAGUGCAGUGCAGAAACGCGCGAAUAAUACGAGGGAGCAGAUAAACCCGCAUAAUUGUGCUUCAACCGGCGACGAGUGGAAUUAAUUGUUUGGCGCACGAAAGAUGAAAAAUGAACGCGAACCCCUCCUUGGACAUGCGGCCGACGGUGGCAGCAACGGAUCCGGCUUGGACGCCGCCGAACACCAGCGGCUCCUUGCCCGUCCCGAUCUGCGCAGCUCACCGGAAAACAUGAUCGUCGACCCAUCGAACGAUACGGACAGCUUGGUGUCCAAAGAAGACCCGACGUACGGUUCCUCCUCCGGCGAACCGUACGAACCGUCGAUGCACCGUACGCUCGAGCAUCCCACCACCAACCUGGACACGAUGAUCCAUCUGCUGAAGGGUAACAUCGGCACCGGCAUCCUCGCAAUGCCGGACGCGUUCAAGCACGCCGGCCUGUACGUCGGUCUGUUCGGCACGCUGUUCAUGGGCGCCGUCUGCACCCACUGCAUGCACAUGCUGGUGAACUGUUCGCACGAACUCUGCCGGCGGCUGCAGGUCCCUUCGCUCAGCUUCGCCGACGUGUGCCAACGGGCGUUCGAGUCGGGCCCGAUCGGGCUGCGGCGCUACUCGAAGCUGGCGACGAAUCUGAUCAACAUGUUUCUGGUAAUAACGCAGCUCGGCUUUUGCUGCGUGUACUUUGUGUUCGUGGCGGCCAAUUUGCGUGAAGUGAUUGCGCACUACUUCUUCGAUCUGCACACGCGCAUCUAUCUGCUGCUGCUGCUCAUCCCGAUGGUGCUGCUGAAUUUGGUGAAGAAUUUAAAGUACCUUACACCGAUCUCGCUGAUUGCCGCGCUACUUACGGUUACGGGUUUGUCCUGUACCUUUUACUACAUGCUGCAGGAUUUGCCCAACACGCACACCGUCAAGCCGUACUCGUCCUGGGCACAGCUGCCGCUAUAUUUCGGGACAGCGAUUUACGCGUUCGAGGGCAUCGGCAUGGUACUACCGCUGGAGAACAACAUGAAAACACCGGAAGACUUUGGUGGCUGGUCGGGUGUGCUCAACACGGGCAUGGUGAUUGUCGCCUGCCUCUACACAGCGGUCGGCUUCUUCGGCUAUCUUAAGUAUGGCGAUUCGGUGAAGGGCAGCAUCACGCUUAAUCUUCCCGGCGACGAGUUCAUUGCCCAGCUGGUGCGCAUCAUGAUGGCGCUGGCCAUCUUUUUCUCCUACUCGCUACAGUUCUUCGUGCCGAUGUCGAUACUGAAUCCGCACAUACGCCGCCGGCUCCACACGGAACAGUCGCGGCUGAUCGGCGAAUAUCUUGCGCGCGUUUCACUCGUCGUGUUUACGUUCAUCCUCGCCGCGAUGAUACCGAACCUGGGUGCGGUGAUUUCGCUCGUGGGAGCGGUUAGCAGCUCGACGCUGGCACUGAUCUUUCCGCCGCUGAUCGAAAUCGUUACCUUCUGGCCGGACAAGCUCGGCCGACACUACUGGGUCCUGUGGAAGGACAUUGCAAUAAUGGUGUUCGGCAUACUUGGCUUCAUCUUUGGCACGUACACAAGCGUGGCGCAAAUAUUGAACCCGGAUUUGGUUUAAAGGUGCGCCCGGCCAUUGCCAUUCGAUACGAUCAUCAAACCACAGGGAUAUGCAAUCGUGUACAUUGAGGCGUAUGUAUUGUGUGAGUGUGUAUUUGUUUGUUUGUUUUGUUUUGUUUUGUUUUCGAGCAAUUUAUUUGAUAUUGUAUAGUUGUGCGUGAGAUGCGUGCAUAAAAAAGGGUCAUCAUGGGUGUAUUUGUGUACGAACAUAAUACUACGCUUUGAACAAAGGAAAGGUUCAUAAAGGAUCAGUUGAAGUUACUUCAAUGGGCAGUCACCACACACAUUAAAGGAGUUAAAUAUAAAAUUAAAAUAAUAAUUGUACGAUUUGGAAGGUUGACACCAUUCAAGCGAUACAAUUACCAUAAAUCCCAUAAACAUUGUAACAAUCCCCAAACUCCGGUUGAUUCAAGUACCAGCUCGACCUAUCUGUAACAAACAAAAUCCACCUUACCAUGUGUGUAAUGUAACGGUCCAGUGUGUAGCAAAUGCUUCCAUCUUCAAACCAACCUGUAAAACGGUUGAGGCAUAACAAAAAGUGGCUGAACUGAAUAUACAACAUACAAAUGAUAAUAACGAUAGCAACAUUUCCCAUAAGCAACAACUCACAACUGCAAAACAAAGUGGUGAUGCCUAAUUUAACCAAUCGCCAAAGUGAUGGAACAUGUAAGCGCAUGACAAUAAUAUUUACUCGAACGAAUGUGUACGGUUAAGGGAGUGAAGCAAUGCACUGAGCGAAUGGAAAACAAGUGAACAGAGCAAUUUGUUCCACUUAGGAAUAGAAAGCAACAUCAAUCGAUGGUGAUAAUACUGUAAAAAAAAACUACAACUAAGUUUAGUGCAGAUAACCUAAGCUCUCCUCUCCAAGCCUAACCACUUGGGAUGGAAGGGAGCAACGUGGAUAGCAUUUAGGUGUGAUUUUCGUUUGGCGUUUGGCAAUAGCGGCAUCUUUAUGCAAAAAGCGCUCAAAACCUCCUCCAAAAAUCUUUAGUCGUUUAGCAACUAGUGCUAAUUACUGUACGAAAAAAAAAGGCUGUUCACCGUUUUGUUUCAUUCUUCGUAAGGUUAACCAGUUUGUGGGUGGAAGAUGGCCUGCAUAUAAGCGCCAGCAUUAUUAAUUUGUAAGCGCAUGAAUGAAUACGUAGACGAUUAAAUAUAAUAAUUCUUCUACAGUUGGGGUGGAAGGAGUAUAUUGCAGGACAUUGAUAUCUGUUAACUACUUUCUCUACUCUAUGUAAUCUGUUCUGUUUGUAGCAAAUUAGUUUGUUUGAGAGAGUAACACGCGAAGGAAUAUCCCAGUUUCGGGACCAUGAACGAAUUUAGCAACGAAAACACAUGGGGAAUGGAACAUUAGUUUAUACUCGUUUACAAUUCUACUCGUUCUCUUCCAAUUAGGUAAUUUUCAACUAACGCUAGACAAUAAUGAGCGAUCUUGAAGCUGUAUGUUGUUAAAAUUUCACUCCUAUAUAUGUAAAGUUUAUUUUGUUUCUUGUUUUAUUUGCACUUUCCCCUUACCCACUCCCCUUCAUAAGCAUUAGCCAGAUAAGUAGCCGAACUUAAAGUAAACGUCUUAUCCACAAUGCUUAGUAUGAUAUUAUUCCAAUUGCCCUUAGCUACAACACGUGUAGGAGGACACAUUUAAAGUACGUUGCGCAAGCGCAUGCGCAAUACAGGGUUUUCCAGGGAUUCUCAUAGUUGUGGGACACUUCCUUGACUCUUUCUUAUGUGAAGUGAACUUCAUAACAUAUGAAGGCGCCUUGGAAAUUCCAAUUGGAAAUUCCAAUUGGAUGUGUCCAACAAGGGUGCUAUAGAGUCCAAUUCCCAUUACAUUAAGUUCAUUUCAUGUAGGAAAGAGUCUAUAUAGUGUCCCACAGCUACGAGAACUCCUGGAAACCCCUGUAUCAUCAAUAUCAGCGUUUCACUGUUUCGUUCCUUUCGUUCGACUACUGGCAACAAGUGGGCAAUGUAAUGUAAUGGAACACUAUAAAUAAACCGAAUGUGCGAAUGUUUACGAUUAUGUAGGUGAUGAUGGAAUGAUAAAGUAAAGCUCCUCCCGGUUUCCCUCCGCAUACGGUCAGUCCGUUGACGCUACCAGCUCACCAGCACACAUCCUUAUCCGAUAUUAACGUGUUCAGUGUUUUUUGUGUUACUAUCCUAUUUAACCAAAGGAAGAGAAGAAAGGCAAAGAAAAGGAUUAGGAGAUGAGCAGAGAGGGGGGAAAAAACCAUGCGUAGGGAAUCUAGCAAGUGUCUACAUUAGGCUACAGGCGUGUACGUGUUGCGUAUCCUUUCUUAUUAUUCCAGGACAGCAGAGGAAAGACACACAUACACUAAAUAGACAUUUGGAUUUGCUAUCCGUGUAACCGACGAUAAUAAAAUAUACAAUUUUAACUAACUAUUUUAAUAAUUAA